CCAACCAACCAACCAAAAUCAGCCAAUCAUUACGGUUCGUUCUCCUUUGCCGUUUUAGAUUUCCUGUUCCUUCUCCUUGGGAUUGCCUACUCAAACUUAACCUCUCCCUUGUAACUCAAACACAACCUCCAUCUUUGAAACAAGAGUAUCACACAAUAUACAAAAGAAUCCUCAAGCUAAAAUGGAUAGAGCAGAGUUUGGUAACAGAAGAAGAACAGUUGGGACAGUUAAUUCAACCAUUAAUUUAUAUGGAGAUAGGAUUCUUCAAAGUAGUUCACUCAAGAAACCCCAGAUGGAUUUCGUAAAGAAGACCUCUUCAAGAGCAGGAGAGCUGCAUACAGUACAAAGGGACAUUGGUCGAUACAAAGAGAGGAAAACGGCUGCGGAGUUGGUAAGAGCUCAAGCAGAAUCUGAGCUCUCUAAUGCAAAGAAGACAGUGAAAGAUCUAUCUUUAUUAAUUGAGAACCCGAACUCGAAGGCAAAGCCGCAGGUGCGAGACAUUGAGAUGCUAAAGAAAUCGAGGAGGCGCGAAGAACGGGCAUUGGCUGUUAGGAACAUUGAGAGUUAUCAGUAUGCAGAUGUGAUGAGAGAGCUGGAAUUUGUGAAACAGGAGUUGAGUAAGCUUAAGCUAGACAUGGCUUAUGUUUUGGAGGAGAAAUUGCGGGCAGAAAGGGAAAUUCAUGACUCAAGUUCGAAAAUGUUUUCUUAUUUGAGCUGUGCUCAAGCCCUUAAGAAGGAGAUUGAGAAAGCUAAUGAAGAACAAGUGCUUGUUGAGUUGGCGAGGAUUGAGGCCUUGAAAGAAUUCAGAGAGACAGAAGCUCAGAGAGUAAAGGAAGCCAAUGAAUUCUCAGCUGCAAUGGAGAAAACCAAACAGAAGAUGAAGGGUAGGAUUGAAGAGAUUGACCAAUCAAAAGAGCUUGAAACCAAAUUGGCUGCAACACUGUCUGAUGUUGAUGUGUUGCAAAGUGAACUAAAGCUAGUGAAAGAAAUGGACAAAAAGGUUCAGAGAAAUGAUAGCUUGAACCGAGGCAAUUCUCCGGAAGGAGAAGAAUUGGGAGCUUCUCCUUUGGAGGCAGCAAAAAAGGAGUUGGCUUUGGUCAGAGAAGAAGGUUUUCAGUUCAUGGUCUCAAUGGAUAUUAUAAGAAACGAGUUAAAGCAUGUCACGGAAGAGGCUGUUCGAUUGAAGAAAACAGAAGAGAAGGCAGAUUUAACUCGUCAAAAUCUCAAUUCGAAGCUGCUCAGGGCCAAUGCCAAGUUAGAAGCUGCAUAUGGAGCUGAGGAAAAAGCUAAAUCAAUUUCAUCCAGUCUAUCCCUCUCUCUUGAACAGCUUAAGAAGGAAGCAGAGACAGCAGAGAUAGGAAAGGAGCUUAUUAGAAUGGAAACUGCAACCAUUAAAGCAGAGAUUCUAAAAACCGAGUCUGCGAUAGACACAACGGAGGAAAGAUUACAGGUUGCUGUGCAAGAGCUAGAGGUUGUCAAAUCAUCAGAAGCUUUAGCUCUUGAGAAUCUAAGAAGUCUUGUUGAGAAUUCUAUGAGAGCUAGGGCUUCUGCAUCUCAGCAUAGUUCUAAGAUUACCAUUUCAAAGUUUGAAUACGAGUAUAUAACUGGGCGUGCAGGUGGGGCAGUAGAAAUUGCUGAUAAAAAGGUUGCAGCAGCUCAUGCAUGGAUUGAAGCUCUAAAGGCCAGUGAGAAGGAAAUUUUGAUAAAGACAGAAUUAGCUCAGAGAAAGAUGAGAGAGAUGAGGUUGGAGGAAGAAACAAACGCCUAUCGAACGGACGAGUCACCUUCUGCAAAGCCAAUCGUUGAGGGAGGAUUACAGAAGUGGAGGAAGAAACGUGGGCAGAAUGUAGAAAUUAUAGAAGCUGAAAACUUGCAACCAGCACUGCUACCAAAAUCGAUGAAAGGUAAUGGCAAUGUGACUCCAUCCGGGGGAGCUAAGUUUCAAAAAUCUGCCUCUCGAAAGGCUGCUUCACCAGCAGCUCGACAUAUUAAUUCUUUCACUAUUAAGAAGAAAAUAAAGGUAAUGCCCAAUCUGGCUAAGUGGUUUAGUGGCAUGAGAAUUGACAAGGACCUGUAAGUUGCCUGAAGUUUGGUACAUCUAUGUGCCCUUGUUUCUGAAAGCUCCUUAGGCUAGUGAUUCCAAUCCAUAGAAGAAAAAAUGACUGGUGACAUACUUUUAGUGUUCCAAAUAAGCGCUCCUCUUCAAUGUUUCAUUGUGCUCAACUUCAAAGAAAUGAAACUCCUUAUAUAGUCUUAAUGUUUGCACAUGUUUGGAUAUUGUCUCCUCAAUAUUAUUCAACGUAUGAAGUAUUA